AGUCUGUUAUCUACGUGUCCCCUUUCAAGUCCUCGUAUCACUCGUGCAAAAUCGAUUAUCCUCAUUUGCUUCAUUCCAUCAGUUCUCUUGGGUUUAUUUUUGUGUAAUUCUGUGAUUGUACUAAGAUAUACUUUUCAUCAAUGAGGAUUCCAUAAUUCAAUUAGUGCUCCCUCGUAUAAAGUUCUAUUCUUGAUUCAGGGUUCUUAUCAGCUUCUGUGAUGGAGUUGAAAGUGGGCAAAUGUCCAGAAGACAGCCUUGCGCUUGUCAAUCUUGUCGCAGCAAAUAUCAAUGAUUUUGCGCCAGAUGUGAGGAGCAUUCAAGUCCAAACAGAUGGCCACCGGACAUUCAUUUUCAUGCUUACAAGGACCCAAGCCAUGGAAAGAGGAUAUCUUGGUUUCACUCUCCUCCAGAGGAAGUGGGCUACCUUGUCGCUGAAUCAAGUGAUCAGAGUGGCGCCGUUUACGUUCAGAGCUGAUGACUGUCUCAGCUCUGUAACUUUAGAGGUGGACUUCCUCAAUAAAAAGCAGCCCUACAAUGAAAAAUAUGACACUGACACGAUGGCACAAGAAUUCCUCAAUAUGUUCCCAGGCCAUGCUCUAACCGUCGGUCAAAUGAUUGCAUUUCAACCAAAUGAUAGAAAAUUGUUACAAGCUGUUGUAAAGGAUCUGGAAGUGCCGGAUUUGAAUGCAAUCAAAAAAGGAGUUGAAGGCAAGCCAAGGAAGGUUAAUUUUGGUUAUACUCAAGGGAACACGAUCGUUUUCUUUGAAAAAUCUGAAGGCUCUGCGGUGAAUCUUCAAGGCAAAUACAAAGGGAAGCAAGUCAGACAAGCCAUCAUAAAUCCUGAUUGGGAUUUUGCAAAGAUUGGAAUUGGUGGUCUAGACAAAGAAUUCAAUGCCAUUUUCCGGAGAGCGUUCGCAUCUCGAGUAUUUCCACCAGAAGUUGUUGAACAGUUAGGAUGCAAGCAUGUAAAAGGUAUCCUGCUGUAUGGACCUCCUGGCACUGGUAAAACACUGAUGGCUCGUCAGAUUGGCAACAUGUUAAAUGCCCGUGAACCAAAAAUCGUUAAUGGUCCUCAGAUUUUAGACAAAUAUGUUGGUGAAUCUGAAGCCAAUAUCCGGCGGCUGUUUGCAGACGCAGAAGAAGAGGAGAAGAAGGCAGGCCCAUACAGCGGGCUGCACAUCAUUAUCUUUGAUGAGAUUGAUGCCAUUUGCAAAGCGAGAGGCUCAGUUGGUGGCAACACGGGAGUACACGACACUGUGGUGAACCAGCUCCUAGCAAAGAUCGAUGGUGUUGAGCAGUUGAACAAUAUUCUAGUCAUCGGCAUGACCAACAGACGUGAUAUGAUAGACGAAGCUCUUCUCAGACCCGGUCGAUUAGAGGUGCAAAUGGAAAUUAGUCUUCCCAACGAAGAAGGUCGUGUUCAAAUUUUGAACAUCCACACAUCAAGGAUGAAAACAUACAAAAAACUAGCUGAUGAUGUUGAUAUUUGUGAACUAGCGACUCUCACAAAGAAUUUCAGUGGUGCAGAACUGGAAGGUCUAGUUCGUGCCGCGCAGUCAACAGCAAUGAAUCGCCUCAUCAAAGCGUCAAGCAAAGUUGAAGUGGACCCAGAGGCAAUGGAGAAGCUCUUGGUCUCUAGAAGUGAUUUUCUCCACGCCCUGGAAACAGAUAUCAAACCGGCUUUCGGAGCUAGUGAUGAAGCUUUACAACAUUUCUUGGGACGUGGGAUUACUAUUUGGGGUUCAGCUAUCAGUGGAAUCAUUGACGAUGGCAAACUUUUAAUUCAGCAAGCUCGUCUCACCGAUGCAUCCGGUCUUGUUUCUGUCUUAUUUGAAGGUGCUCCAAACUCAGGAAAAACUGCCCUUGCAGCUCAUCUAGCUAAAAUAUCGGACUUUCCUUUUGUCAAAAUUUGCUCCCCUGAAGAAAUGGUUGGAUUCACCGAACAAGCCAAGUGUCUUCAAAUUCGCAAGGUGUUUGAUGAUGCAUACAGGUCCCAAUUCAGUUGCAUUUUAGUAGAUAACAUUGAACGGUUGUUAGACUAUGGCUCCAUCGGGCCUCGGUAUUCGAAUCUCACUUUGCAAGCCCUCCUUGUUCUGUUGAAGAAAGAACCUCCAAAAGGCAAAAAGUUGCUCAUACUUUGCACCACUAGUCAGCGGCAAGUCUUAUCCGAUAUGGAAAUGUUGGCUGCAUUCACAGCUGUUCUUCAUGUCCCCAAUUUGAGUAAACCAGAACAUCUGUGUGCAGUCCUAGAGGAGUCCGAUGCCUUUACCAGAGAUGAAAUUGAGCAGAUCAGGAAGAAAAUCAGAGGUGCCAGAGUGUUCAUCGGCAUCAAGAAAUUAUUAGCGUUGAUUGACAUGGCUCGACAGAUUGAUGCCCAGCACAAAGUGAACAAAUUCCUAUGUAGGCUGGAAGAAGAAGGAGGUUUGGACUCGGGAACGAGCGUCCAUCAUUAAGUAUCAAACAUUCCUAAAAUAAAUUAUUAUUUUUUUCCAUAGCUCUGCAAUUAUUUGCUGAUGGAGUAAUUUGAAUGUAUUUAAUUUUAGUAACGAGGACCUCGCCUCAUGGUAUUAUUCAUUGAUCUCAUUGCACUGUGUGAUUUAUGAAUUGUGAUCAUCUGUAUUUUUUUCAUCCUCCGAGUGCUCAGCCCCCGCUUAGUCAAUUAGAAUCUAAUUCUCCGUGGCAAAGGAAGGAUGAAUUAUUGUUUUCAUAUUUUAAGAUUUGUUUUUUGUCACAAUCAGCCAUAUUGCUUGCUAAUUACAAUAUGAAAGUAAUGAGAAAGUAGAAAAAAUCAAAUUUAUGCAGAGGGUAGUUUGCACAAUUAAUGAGGUUCCUCAGAACUAAAAGAGCAAUUAGUAACAAUUUUGGAAAAAUUAAGUUCUCCUUAUCCUUUAGGAGGAGCUCUACAUGUAAACAAAUUUUGGUUUGAUAUCUUAUUCUUGAUGCAAGAUACAAAACUUCAUUGAAUUACGAACCACAUUGGAAGUAAUUCGGCUGGUGAGCAGUCUUUUCAUGAAAUUUCAAAAGAGGAAAAUGAAGUCAAUACCCUUCUACUCUAAGCCACUGAAUUUGUUUAUCUGUAGUAAGUUGUAAGACACAGUUCGACAAAUACAUAUAGCUUUUCAUCACGAAGCCAAGUAUCAAUUUUUCCUCCUGAAGUGUUUAAAGCUCAUCUCACGGCUUUUGCAUUUCUAUUUAUUGAUGCACUACUAUCAUAGUGGACUCCAUCACUUCCGAACUAUCAGUAGAGUUUUUAUGCACUAAAUCAAGUAUUUUGUGUCAAUGAGAUUUUUUUUUGUUGAUCCUAGAAGACGAUGUUAUUGAAAAGCAAAAUUGCUUUUUAACUGUAGAAUUUGUAACCCACAAACUUAUAGCUUUUUUGAACUUUUUUCUGCCUCAAUGCUUCCUUAUUUUGAAAGGGGCCCUGAGCACUCAAGAUUUGUUAUUCCUUAAAAAUUUUAAUCUUCGUCUAUUUUACUCUAUUCUGAUACCGUUUAUUUUUUGCUUAAUGAGUUUGCUGUAUGAGUUUGUACUUUAACUUUUAUCAACAGCUGAAAUGAAGGUGCUUCAUAAUCAGAGUAAGACAUUCUUUUUUGGGUGCAUGGUUUCUGUACUGAGGUUCUAGACUUCAUAGGGUUCUCUCAUCUUCAGAGAGCAAGAAGGAAAAUAACUGAAUUUUUCAGCGGUCUGUAGCAUGUUCAAAUUUUUUUGGGUCCUCAUACAAAAACCAUCCUGCCAACAAGAUUAGUCCCUCUUUUAUCAUAAUUUUAUCCAUUCAAAAGCUUCUCAAUUUGUACUGCUUUAAUUUUUGGUCAAUAACAAAACACUAUUUAUAGGUAUAUAAUCUCGGUAACAUUUGUAUCACCUGUAUCUUUUAUUAAGUUUGUCAAUACUGCUUGUAGGGGUUUUCAAAUGAAUUCUCUACUGUAAGCUAUCAGAAAUAAAGAUACACUCCAACAAGGCCUCUUUAAGAAAAUGACCGGGACUACUGGAAGUGCGAGAGCUCCAAGCUAAAGCAAUGUUGCCCCAUUUGUCUGACCAUUGAUUUGAUUAGCCCGGAAAAAUUUAAACACUGGCAGAAACUCAUUUUUGCCAGCUCAGAAAACUCUGAUACCCAUCGGCAGGAGUCCUCUAAUCAUCACUAUUUUAUAAUCAAAUUGUUUUGAUAGCUUACAGGAAACCCUUGGGACACCUGUAACUGCUAGUGUAUAUUGCUAAGUACGAUCUUCAUAUAAUAGAGCAAAGUUUUUGUGUUGUAUGUUCGUUAUUGGUGCCAUAUAUCCAAAGGUGUGCGCUCAUAAACACCUCUUCAGAAUUGUUGAAAUUUCAUCAAGACGAAAGAAAACUUAAUCUGUUAGACUCAGAAAGGACUCUUUUUAUUUACUGUUCCUUGAAAAAUCAUUAAAAACACCAAAGUAAGAUGAUGAUAGAACUAAUACUUACAGGAAUUUUCUGUAUAAUUUCUUCAGUUUUAGAAUUGUUGAAGUCUUUGUAUCAACUGGACGUAUUUCUGUUAAACAGUACUAAGCGCCAAAUUGGGUUUCUUUUGACGAUUUUAGAAUCGCGGAUAGCGCAUUCUUUCAACAGAACUAAGCGCCAUGGAAAAGCAUUGCGAGUAUAGGACGGAAUGAGCAUCGCGUUCCGCAUCACCCGCCAAUCCAAGCCCCCUUCUCCCUUCCUCCCCCUAUGGCGCUUAGUUCCGUUUGAUAGAAAUACGUCCAACUUACUCUUAGUAAAAAAGUAGGUAUAUGUAACAACUCACAUACUUUAUCAUUAAUUAAAUAAUAAGCUUCAGUCUCCAGAAUUUUGGUCCAAAUAAGUGACUUCCCAAAUGAACUGCACCCGCCUACCUUAAUUUUAAGAAUAUAAUGUACAUGCUUUUCUAUUUGAAAAAAAACUGAGUACUUAAAAUUUUAUGAUUUUGGCUGUAAUAAAAAUUCUAAGAGUUUUUUCUCAGUACUUUGAAACUGUACUUCAUUAGCUGUUUUGCUGAAUGCAAAAGUUGACCUAGUGCUAUCAACAACUGCUUGCCUGUUUCGAAAACUUUGACCUUUUAUAAGACAGCAUCAUAAAAGUGCACAGGUCCUAUCUCCUUAAGCACUUACAAUGGCGACUUCAUUUGAGAAUUUGGGUUUUUUUUAUCCUGAUUUGUGAAUUCCAUGAUUUUACAUUGUCAAUUUUAUUCUUUCAUAGUUGGUCAAUUUGUUUCUUAAAAUCCAAUCCUUGUUGGAAUCUCAAGUAUUUCAAACAUCAUUUCAUGAACCUGUAAAUAAUUAUAAUUUCCUCCUUUUUUAUGUGUGUUGAAAAGAAUGCGAGCCAUUAAUUUCGGCAUCUAUUUAUUUAUUUAUUUCUUUUUUGGAGUAAUUUCUUCCUGUAAAGCCAAACUUUAUCUUUAUUUUUAUCUUUAGUCAUGCAUUUCUUACUCUCUCAUCAUGUAUAAAUCUAUUAUUGUAUUGUAGCUAUGUAUAAUUGGUCUACUUUUCCACAAUGACAAGCAAUCAAAGAAUAUUAAAAAUUUUGUCUGUAAUUCUCGCUAAUGUGGUAAUUUUCAUCUUACAUUUAUAUUUUUAUCCGUGAUUUCUCUUUAUCAUUUCCUACAGUGAAUACUCAAGUACCAAGAAGUUUAUAGCACCUCAGGAACAAUAUCUGCUUGUCAAUACUUUUCCAAGAUAUUGACAACAAAAAAUUUGGUUGAAAGUAGCAAAAAAGAAAAAGAAAAAAUUCAUAAAUAAAGGUUUAAAAUUCAAUCCAGUUGUCAGCAAAUGUGUUCAGCCUUUAUUAAUAUCUAAGAAGGAGUGAGCAGUACACUUAUAAUAUGCAAUCACAGGCCACUGAAUGCCAAAGAGACCUUUUUUUUAUUUUUAAUGACUGGGUAGAAAGAAAAAAAUGUGUUUGCUGUUAGAGCCAUGUCAUCAUCUACCUAGAUAUCAAUCAUUGGACAACAGAGUCAUAUUUUUAAAGCUUGUAUAGGUUAUUGUUUUUCUAGAAAGUCCGAUAAGUUCUUACAUUAAAAAUCAUUGUUUCGUUUCUCAUGACAUCAAUAGCUCUCUGGAAUUUAUGUGGCGGAUAAUGUGUUCUCUCAUUUAAGUUUCAGUAUCAAGAGGAGGUUAAAGUCAAAAAUGGAUGAUUAGAAACUUUUGAAUUACUUAAAUCUCCUCAAGACAUGUUUUGUUUCCAAAAUUUUAUGAAGAAAACGUUGAACGUGUCAAAAACUUCCAAAAUUCACUCACAAAUAAGAAAAUUGAUGUUGGUCAUUUUCAUUAAAAUUAGUACAUUGAAACUUACAGCUCUCAAAAAAACCAAAAUCAAUACUAGUCUAUUCGACCAUUGGAUACAAUCUAUCCUCUUGGCAAAUGACCAGUGUAUGGUUUAAUCAAGGAAAACUUUUGAACCAUUCAAAACGAAUUACAGCACGCAAAAAAAAAAAAAAAAAAAAAAAAAAAAAAAAUACUGCAUAUCUUAAAAGGUACAAAAGUUAGUUUAAUGCUGAAUUUAACUCGUGUACACUUCGGUCUUUUGUGAGUGGAAACUUUGAAUAAUUGAUGUAUACGAAAAAAGCUGUCCAGCUAAAUUUUGAAUUUUUUAAUGUAUUUACAGUAUUUCACUUGCUUUUUUGAUGAAGGUACAUGUAUUGUAGUCCUUAAUUUUGUACUGAGUCUUAUUCAGUAGCUUCUUUAGAUAAGAGGCUAAGAAAACUAGAAAUUUGAGGAACAUCUUUGGGGUUGAAGCAUACUUUGUGAUAUUUGUAGCUCUCUCAUCAAAGCACGAGGAUGAUGAUCCGUAAAAUUCUCAGCGAGUAAUUAGGUUAAAUAUCAGAUAGUUCUCAAUGGGUCAUUUUUACUUCUAUGGCUAUCAUUCAUUGAAAUGUCUGUGAACAUUUACGAGUAGUCAUUAUUCAAUAUGGCAAAUCAUAUUAGAAGUAUCCAUAAUUUAUUAUUACAAGAAAUAUUGCUGUUCAUAUUUUGAAUUAAAGUAGGUUACUAUUCACCUACUCCAGGCACUUUACUACUAAAGGAAUAGAUUGUUAUCGUUUUCUCCUAUAGUAAAUAUAAGCACUCAUUGUUAAAAUGUUGUCUUUAGACCUUGUUUAGCAAGCUUAAUUUGCUGUAUGUAAACUUUAUUUUGCGGUUUUAACUGCCUUGUUAUUUAUUUCAUUUGUUGUGACUGUACCAUUUCAAAUCUUUGAACAUACAAACUAUUCAACCCUUUGA